UUGAAACUCUCAAUAUCGGGCCUCCUGACGAUGACUUCUUUUUGCGAAAAGAAAAACAAACACCCGAUCUUGUUGCGAAAUGGUUGUACCGGCAUGGAGUGGAAGCUUAUGUUCGCUGGGUGCUUGAUGGUGAUUUACUUACUUAGUAUUAAAAAGUAGUACAACUCUAACUCUUUUUACCUACGAACUAAAACUGUACACUGCUCUGCUGGCAACGACGAAGUAAAAGUGAAUCCUUUGAUUUAGAAGAUGAUUUUGAAUCAACCGUCGCCUGAAAUGGAAACAAAUGGUGCUAAAAUGGAAAGACCACAGUGCUGCCCGUGCAGUCCUCCAAUCUACUCUAACGAGGAGAAGAUCUAAACCUUUGGCCUCCGCUACAAACUGCAGAAGACUCUGCUGCCCUGCGAGGGGAAUUAGCAGAGAAAGCCAAAUCUGGAGGUGCAGUCAACAGCAGCCUUUUCGACCGUGUCCUGUCAGCGCAUAAUGAAACAGAACUGCGACUAGACCAUGUGUGGAGGGAUCCAUUUGCCGGCCACAACAAUAACGCGGGAGGCAUCAAGAAUCGUAACCCCAAUACUAAUACCUCCUCUGGAGACAACAUCUUGCCGACAUGGCUUGGAGGUGGUCUGCUGAAUGCAGUAUUUGGAGGAGAUGGGCAGGAGAAUAAGGAGCUAGGUACGGGAGUUGCGAGUGCUUUUGCACUUGCACGCAACGAACAACAGGAGGAAAAGGGCGGCGAAACGAAAGACGGCUCUCUUGCACCAGAUAUUACGCUUAAGGCAGCUUCUAGAAGUCGACGUAGUACCAGUACGUACUGUCUUUCAAAAUUGCAGUCGUUCUUGUAGUUGUACAUGUUAUAGAAUAAUCUAUAGAACGGAUGUAGGAUCGAUCAUGGACUUGGAUGGAUCGGAUGGACCCAGUACCUAAACCCUCGGGUCCUACUUGAAAUGCUUAGCCGAGCUGGGAAGUCCAUCCGAUCCAUCCCAUCGUGAAUCGGGCACCCCUAUGGAUUACUCUUAGAGAAGGCACUGAAAGUACAGCUACAGUCAGUGUCAGAGUUGUUCUUCGUGAACAUCUUUCUACACCCAUCUUCCUCUUCUAACCUCUCCGCCCAACACAUUAGCCUUUCCGAUCCUUAUUGCCCCCCUGAAGUUCGUCAGGUGCUACGGCCACGUCGAGACUGGAGUUUCCUACUGCCUGACGACAUCCGACAAGUGUUGCGUCUUCGCGGUUUGCCAAAUUAUCCAGGACC